UCAAAUUGAUGGCGUGUGUGGGUUUUCGUGAAUAAAAUACCUCGCGUGUUUUCUCAAAAUUCUCAUGGAAAAUCACCAAUGAGAAUGUGAAAAACACCCAAAAGUACCUCAUCGAAUGGUGUACUUUCACGUGCCAGUGCGAGAAUCCACGUGCAGCGGUGCCAAGUGGGCGAAAAGGCAGCAGGAGUUCCUGACUAAAUUUGGGAUCCGGAGGGGCCGCGGGCAGUGUCAGGAUGGGCGAGCGACUGUACGACAUCAUCAAGAGUGGCCGGAUGACCAAGAGGUCCCAGAACAAGAAACGCUUCACGCCGGUGAAUUACAAGACGCGCUGGUUCGAAUUAACACGACAAUUCCUUUCAUAUUUCGACACAGAGAACAUCGAGAAACGACGAGAAAGAGGUCGUGUCAACAUCAAGGGCAUUCGUGUUGUGGAAUUGGCUUCUCUGAAUGUUGAAGGUGGAGAUCCAAUUGCUCCGGAAGGCUAUCCAUUUCAGAUUGGCUAUUGUGAGACGACAGAUGGUGGAUCCAGCGCUGAGACCCAAUAUACUCUGUAUCUCGUGGCGAGCAGCGAGAAAGAGCGUCAUGAGUGGAUUAAAGUUCUAAGAACGGUCUGUGACGACAAUCCGAAAUCGUUUAGAUACCAUUUGGGCCUGUGGCACGGACGGAAGUGGUCCUGCUGUCGUGGCGUGAGCAAGAGCAAUUUGGGGUGUCAGGUGACAACGAAUUGGUCAGAGCCGAACAACAAUCCGAGCACCGGAAAUUCUCCCGCCCAAAAUUCCACACGGAGUUCAAGUCCAAACGCUAAUUCCAACGGGCAAUUUAUUCAUCAGCAGCAAACAGUGAACGGAUCGGGGAGUUUGGGCAGUUUGACGCCCACUUCAUCGUCUCAGCAACAGUCCUCUGUGUCCACGUUCAAGAGCGGAGGUACCUCCACAAACGGGACCCCGUCGCUGGGAGGAGUGGUUCCCUCUGCUGUGAUCGGAGCCAGUAGUGUGGUGAUUGAGUCCACGAUGCCAGGCGGAACUGCCACUCCAGGGACGCCGAAUUCUAAGGCGAAGGAUACAUCGUCGAGAGUUAAGAUUGUUGUGGCACUCUAUCCGUUUAAGGCCAUCGAGGGAGGAGAUUUAUCACUCGAGAAGAAUGCGGAAUACGAAGUCAUUGACGAUUCUCAGGAGCAUUGGUGGAAGGUGAAGAAUCAGCAUGGACAGAUUGGAUACAUACCCAGUAAUUAUGUUAAGGCGAAGGAGUUGCUCGGCUUGGAAAAAUAUGAUUGGUAUGUGGGUGAUAUGUCGCGACAGAGGGCAGAGUCAUUGUUGAAGCAGGGAGACAAAGAAGGUUGUUUCGUGGUGAGAAAGUCUUCCACAAAAGGCCUCUACACUCUAUCUCUCCAUACCAAAGUACCGCAAUCGCAUGUGAAGCACUACCAUAUAAAGCAGAAUGCCCGGAUGGAGUACUAUCUGUCGGAGAAGCACUGCUGUGAGUCCAUUCCGGAUCUGAUCAACUACCAUCGCCACAAUUCCGGCGGUCUGGCGUGCCGCCUCAAGUGCUCGCCCUGCGAUCGGCCCAUUCCCACCACCGCCGGCCUGUCGCACGACAAAUGGGAGAUCCACCCGUCUGAGCUGAUGCUGCUGGAGGAGCUGGGCUCUGGGCAGUUCGGCGUGGUGCGGCGCGGCAAGUGGCGCGGAUCGAUUGACACGGCCGUGAAGAUGAUGAAAGUGGGAACAAUGUCCGAGGAUGAUUUCAUUGAGGAAGCUAAAGUGAUGACGAAACUGCAAAAUCAAAAUCUCGUGCAAUUGUACGGUGUGUGCUCGAAGCAUCGUCCCAUUUACAUUGUGACUGAGUACAUGAAGCACGGAUCGCUGCUGAAUUACUUGAGGCGACACGAGCAGACGCUGAUUGGGAACAUGGGACUCUUGCUGGACAUGUGCAUUCAGGUUUGCAAGGGAAUGGCGUAUUUGGAGCGACACAACUACAUUCAUCGUGAUUUGGCGGCGCGCAAUUGUCUGGUCGGCAGCGAAAAUGUGGUAAAGGUGGCGGACUUUGGCUUGGCGCGAUACGUUCUCGAUGACCAAUACACGAGUUCUGGCGGCACAAAGUUCCCCAUCAAGUGGGCACCGCCUGAGGUCCUCAAUUACACACGCUUCUCGUCCAAGAGCGAUGUCUGGGCAUAUGGUGUGCUGAUGUGGGAAGUGUUCACUUGCGGUAAGAUGCCGUAUGGUCGUCUCAAAAACACCGAAGUCGUGGAGAGAGUUCAGCGUGGCAUAAUCCUUGAGCGGCCGAAGGCAUGCGCUAAGGAGAUUUACGAUAUCAUGAAGAAGUGCUGGGCACACAGUCCGGAAGAUAGGCCAUCAUUUAGAGUGCUGAAGGAGCAACUAGUGCUUGUGGCUCAAGGACUCACAGACUAAAAAAUUUCUUGCGAUAUUUUCCCACCUGCCAAUUGCGCGCGGGUGGGAGAACAGAAUUUUACAAUAUUAUUGAUAUAAUUAUAUUGCUAAGUAAUAUUUGAGGAAAGGAAGGAGAAGAAGAAGAGAAAAACUCUAAUCGACUUUAUUGCAUUUUAUUAAUAAAAAACGAUUUAAUGAAUGAGAUAGAGAAGAAAUGACACAUUACUGAUCUCCAUAAUUAAUUAGUAGAGAAAAAAAUUAAUAUAAAUAUGAAUGAUACAUUCUGCUGAACAUUUUCCAAUUCUUCUCAAACACCACUGAUUGUAAUUGUAUUUCCAAAUGUGAGAUUUUCACGUUGGAAAAUCUCUCUCGAUAAGUAUUUAUUUGCUAAAUAUAUUGAACAUCCACAGUUCAAUAUUCCAUGGUAUUCAAAUCCUACGACGUAAAGGUUUUUUGCAUUGUUUUCAUGUAGUGUUUCUAUCGAUAAUUGUGACUAUACGGAUUAAGAGAGAGAAAGAAAAAAGCUUCACUCAAAAUAAUAACCAACACAACACAUUAAUAAAGGUUUUCAACGUGAAUAUAGAGGAUUGUCAGGAGGAAACAGAUAAACUAUAUAAUGAUGAUGAAGAAAAAAAAGCGUCGCUUUGAUAGGCAAGUAAAGAGAAAAACAUAUUAAGUAAGAUUAAGAGACGAAAAUACCGCGAAUGUAUUCGAGUGGAGGAAGAAUCCUAAUCAAAAUGCCAUUUUUGGACAAAACUACUGUGUAUUUAUGGAUAGACAAGAUGGAGAAUACGGUGUAUUGUCUCUCAAAGUAUGCAAAUUAGAUGCUAAGAUAAGGAGUUUUGCGAUGAGACAUUGUAUUGCAUUAUUGCAGUGUAUCGAAUUGUUAGGAGAGUAAAUUUUGUCGUCUUUUAGUUGUAUUUUUUUCGCUCUGUUUUUUUUUUUUCUUUCUUCCCAUAAACACAAAUCUUCUAAGUCCAUCAAUCUUUAUGGCGUUUAAAAAAUCAUAAAUCAUGUUAGAAAACUCUAAAAAGUAUGCACGAAAUAUACCUUUAAAGAAAAGAAAAAAAAAUAUGAGAAGUAAAAGAAAAACACUAGAAAGCAGGAAAAGAAUAAAUAUUCUCGAAACUAUCUAACUUAUAAUGAAAAAUGACCAUAAUAAACUUAAUGUUUUUUGCUAAAAAUGAUGAUAAGAGAGAGAAAGAGAGAGUGGAAGAAAAUGUGAAUUGCAUAGACUUUUAAAUUUAAAAAAAAAGCAGGAUUUCAGUGAAUUACAUAAAACUCACAGACUUUUGAGGAAAUAAAUUACAAAAAAUAAAGUAAAUGAAUAAAAAAUACGGUAAUGAAAAAUGAAACCAUCAAACAUAUUGUGUGAUUUUCGAAAUAUUUUAUCAAUAGACAAUUUUAUCUUGUAAACAUAGAAAAUUUAUACAUUUUACACUAAAAAAAAAGAAACUUUGAUAGUUUAAGAGACAAUGUGUUUAUUUGAUACAUUUUUUCCAUGAGAAAAUGAAUAAAAUAAUGACAAAUAUAAAUGUGCUAAAUUUAUAUACAAAUUUCCACAUUAUUCCAUAUCAAAGAAAAAUGAAUAAGAUUUAAAAAUUAUGAAGGAAAAAAAGACAUUUUUAGUGAGACCGUAAAAAGCUCAAGAAAACGUAACACGAACCGUCUUGCAUUAUUUACAAGAACAAAAAAAAAUGGGAUAAAAAUGAGAAAUAAUUUUUUUAAACAUAGAAAAUAUUAAUCUUCCACAGUGGAUAUAAAUAAAAAUAUUCCCUCAAACAUCCUUUCUUCCCAGGAGAAAAAAAAUAAGAGAAAAAUGUUUUCCGUUUCAAAUUUAGCCGUUAGAUGUGUGUAAAAGGCAAAAUAAAGCAGGAAUUUAGUAAAGAUGAUAGGAAAAGAAGAAGAAGA